AUGGUCAAAGCUGUUAUUUUCACCGAUUUCGACGGUACCGUUACUUUGGAAGAUUCUAACGAUUACUUGACCGAUACUUUGGGUUUCGGUAAGGAGAAAAGGUUAAAGGUCUUCGAAGGUGUGUUGGAUGAUACUAAGUCUUUUAGACAAGGUUUCAUGGAAAUGUUGGAAUCCAUUCACACCCCUUUCCCCGAGUGUAUCAAGAUCUUGGAAAAAAAAAUUCGAUUGGAUCCUGGUUUCAAGGAUACAUUCGAAUGGGCUCAAGAGAAUGAUGUUCCAGUCAUUGUUGUUUCCAGUGGGAUGAAACCCAUUAUCAAGGUUCUAUUGACCAGAUUGGUUGGACAAGAGUCAAUCCACAAAAUUGACAUUGUUUCCAAUGAAGUGGAAAUCGAUGCACAUGAUCAAUGGAAAAUCAUCUAUAAGGAUGAAAGUCCCUUCGGACAUGACAAAUCCAGAAGUAUUGACGCUUAUAAAAAGAAAUUCGAAUCUACCUUGAAGGCAGGUGAAGAAAGACCAGUUUACUUUUACUGUGGUGACGGUGUCUCUGAUCUAAGUGCUGCAAAGGAAUGUGAUUUGCUAUUUGCUAAGAGAGGUAAAGAUUUGGUCACUUAUUGCAAGAAGCAAAACGUCCCAUUCCAUGAAUUUGACACCUUCGAAGACAUCUUGGCUAGCAUGAAACAAGUUCUUGCUGGUGAAAAGACGGUCGCAGAAUUGAUGGAAAAUUAA